AUUUGCUUUAUGUUUAUAAACUGCUGUUUCAGCGUGGAACGUCAGUGCAAUAAGGCGUGCACUAUAAAAGGUGUGAACAUUCCUGAAAACCUGACUGUCAGAAUCGCUGUGGAUGCUCUACAUUACAAUCCAAAAUACUGGCCAGAACCAGAAAAAUUCAUUCCAGAAAGAUUUAGCGAAGAAGCAAAGUCUAAACAAGUGCCGUUCACCUACUUACCAUUUGGUGCAGGACCAAGAAUGUGUCUUGGAACGAGACUGGCCAAGCUGGAGUUCAAGAUAGCAGCUGUUGAAAUGAUUCGAAAUUUCAAAAUUCUUCGAACUGAAAAAACCGAAGACCCUCUUGCAUUAGACGACAGUGUCUUUCUGGCUGCCAAAAACGGAGUUUGGGUGAAGUUUGAACGAAGAUUAAAAAAAUAACGUGUAGUACUGCACAAAUAAAUAAAUCUUUUGUAAAAUUAUAUACGAUGUAAUCAUUGAUUGCAAAAG